GUAUUAUGAAAAUGGCCUCAACCCUACCCGUGAGCACGAAUAACCGGAGAAGAUGACGACGCUGAGCUUUUCAAGUCGGUUGAACACCAAAGUGUCUUCUUUGAACACCCAUAUAGCAGUGAAGUAAACAAAAACAAAGGGACUCUCGGCAAAGAAACGCCUAAAAAUACCCCCGACCACCGCAUAUUUUCGUAGGGCUGAGAGGAGCCACUAUGGAGGAUAUCAACUCUAAUAUCAACGCGGACUUGGAGGUGCGGAAGCUCCAGGACUUGGUGAAGAAACUCGAACAACAAAACGAGCAGCUCCGGAGCCGGUCUACGAUGUUGUCUUCGUCCGGACCGAUGUCAGGGAACCACAGACCCCUGAGCGCCGGAUACGACUCGUCGUCCCUGUCAGCAGGGAUGGCAGCCGGUCUGGCCGGCUUCCCUGGGGUGGGGUUCGCUGGAACGGGCGGCUACGGUGGGCUGUUGGAGAACAACCGCUGUUUAAACCCCAGACUUUCUUAUGACGGCAUCAGUUUCAGGAGGGCGUAUGAGGGUGAGGGGGCAUCUGCUGCCACCUCUUUAUCGAGUAUGAACUCAUUUUAUUCAGACACUAGCAGGGGCUUCACGGAUGAAGGGGAAACCUCAAUUCUAGAUGAAGUGGAAAUUUUAGAUCUGGAAGACAUGGACUGUCUAAACGAAGACGAGGACAGCUGGUUAUAUGAGGCAAAGCUGAACAGUCCCCUGCAAAAAGCCUUGAGUCCUAUCGUGUGGUGCCGCCAAGCUCUGGACAAUCCGAGUCCCGAGAUGGAAUCAGCCAAGCGCUCCCUCAUCCACAGACUGGACCUCACCAUGUCAGCCAAUAAGCGCCGGAGCUUGUAUGGAAGUCCGUACAACCAGCAGAGUUAUGGAAGUCCUUAUAGCACAAAUGCAGCCAACAGCCCUUACAGCAGUGGCUUCAACUCCCCCUCCUCAACCCCAAGCAGAGUCCCCAUCGUGCGACAGCAGCUAAUGCCCAGUAACGCAAUUCAUCAGAGAAACUCUGCAGCAGAGAGGAAUCCUCCUGCAGUUAGUCCGCAGUCAUCAGUGGACAGCGAGCUGAGCACGUCAGAAAUGGAUGAGGACUCAGUGGGAUCCUCAACGACCUAUAAACUCAAUGAUGUCACUGAUGUCCAGAUAUUGGCACGCAUGCAGGAAGAGAGCUUGAGACAGGAAUAUGCUGCAACAGCAUCCAGACGGAGCUCGGGUUCAUCCUGCCACUCACUGCGACGCAGCACCUUCAGUGACCAGGAGCUAGAUGCUCAUAGUCUGGAGGACGACGAGGAGGCGGUGCACCCGGCCUUUCACCUGCCCUCCAACCGUUUCAGCCCCUCCCCUCGCCACUCUCCCCGUGCAUCCCCGAGAAACUCUCCCCGCUCACGCUCACCUGCUCGUUCCAUCGACUAUAGCCACAGCCGGGGUUCUCCUCAGCCCAUCAUCAGCCGUCUGCAGCAGCCUCGUCACUCACUGCAGAGCCACGGGCAUGACCUUCAGACUAAUGUGGUGAAAAAUGAAGAAAAACUGCGCCGAAGUCUUCCUAAUCUUACACGCACCUCGGUGGCGGCGGCAGUUCAGGCCCCAGAGCCCGUGAAGAACAGUCGCAGCUGUGAGUCCAACCUGCAAGUGCCAAACGGCGGCUCUCCCCGACACCAGAGCCAAUCUGCCACAGCACCUCAGCUCCCGAAAUACUUGACCCCUUCUCGCACCUCACUGAAACCCAAACAGCAGCUCCAAAGCCCCACUGCCCUACGAGUCCCAUCUCCCAGUAAACUACGGACUCCUGCCACCCCAUCACCACUAGCCUUGCGGCAACCGGUAAAGGCCACAUCUACCCCCAAUUCUGCCACCUCCACCCCCACCCGCUCCCUAGCUCCUCCGCGCAGUGGCCUGCCCCGACCUAGUGCUUCUACAGGAGGAGGAGGAGGCGGUGGGAUCCCUCUGCCUCGGAGCAAACUGGCCCAACCAGUGCGCAGGUCCCUUCCUGGUCCGCGAACUUACAGCGGCAGCGGUGAGAACUGGAGAGAAGGUUGUUACUAAGGUGGGCCACCAGGGGGCUCUCCAGUCAAAACUAUCAAUAAAAGGAGGAAGAUAUUUUAACAUGGCACUUUAUCUACCUAGAUAACUCUUAUAGUUCAGAAAGACCAAGCGCCCAAAAAUACAUUUGAUUAAGAGUUUAAAAAAGAAAAAGGGAGAGGACAGAGUCCACAUUGUGUCAAAGAGGACCUCUCAUUGUGUCUCUCUGUGGGGACUGGCUCUGGAGGGGUCAGGCAUGUAGUGCAGACAGCCCAGAAGAUGCCAAAGAAACCAGCCCGACUCCAGCGCCCCCAUCAGAGGACACGUCACCUGCCUUUGGUUCAACUGCAGUCAUCCGUGAGACUGUCCAUAUCUCCACAUCCCCAGCUUUCCUCCCCCCCCCCUCCCCUCUUCCUCCUCCCCGCUGUUCUUCUUUCACUUCCCUCAGGUUGAAAUGUUUCCACGCAUUUCUCUCUUUAUGCUCUGUGUUUAACAGAUGUCGGUGAGCGAUCUCUAUGAUGAUGCUGUGCAGGUGAACUGUCCCGUAACGUUAGAGAAUUGUUGAUGUCUUGAAACAGUGAAAGCACCUCUUGUGUGGGUUUGACAUUUAAGAAUCUUUCCUCUUUGUAAAAUCAGCCAGAAUGUAUGCACAAGUUUGUUUUGGAAAAUUAUUUAUUCAAAAUUAUUUAAGAAGUGUACAUCCAAACAUCCAUAUCAGUAUUUUGUUUUAAAAUUUCAGUUGUUUAAAAUGUAUGUUUUGAACCUCAACUGCAAAGCUAACUUUCCAAAGCCUUUUUUUGUUUGUUUGUUUGUUUUUGUUUUUAAAGUGUCAAACCGGGUGAUUAAAGACACUCCGGCCAAAGCCUCAGUUCUGACUUGUACCACAGUUUGCCAAGAUUAUACUUUUCCAUUUAAGUGCUUAAAGUGGUCUGUUCAAGAACAGGGGCCAGUCUCACAAAGAUGACCCAGUUCUAAAACCGUGUGUAAAAGAUGGAUUUAGCCACUGGACGAGUAGGUGGAGUGGUAAGCUGACAGCUAACGCUAGCAUUCAUAAACUGCACAGGUACAGCUCACAGAUAUACCUGCUGCUCAGAAAGGAGGAACAGAGUAAUUCAACACUAGAAUUUUAAAAUGCACUAAAGCUACAAACAGCAGGUAGGUUCAGUUCAAUAACUCUGAUUAGCUAAUGAGCAGUCUGCUCCACGUGCUUGUGUCAGGAUUCAACACCCAUAUUUUACUUUAGUUUAAAUUAGCGAGUUAAAGGGGGGGGAAAACACCCCAGGAGACUAAAACUAAGCUGUAGCUGUUUGUGCAACUUUAUGCGUAAAAAAACAAAACAAAACAAAAAACAUGGUUGAUCAAAGUGCUUUCCAAGACGGAAAAAAAAAAACAUACAUAAAAUUUCAAAUACCAAAACACAUAUUAAAUAAAAUUAAAGAUAACAAUAAAACAGACUAAUAAAAAAAAACUUGCUGGUUAUUUUAAAACAGGAGUCUCUAGUGAGCGGCAACUCGGUGAACUGCAAUUUUUUUUUCCCAGCCCGGCGGCUUUCUGCUUGGCGACAUAAACCAGUUUGUCCUGGACUAUUUUUAAACAAGAAGCGACGACUAAUUCUGGUUGAACCUCGUAAAUAUCAAUUUAUCAGCAGUGUCGCUGAGUGAAUACAUAAUUUGAAGUUAGCCCUGGAGAAUUGUGACGCUUUUGACCUAAAGGUACUUUUUUGUAAAUCUUUGUUUUUAAAAGUGGUUCAAAACAAUAAAAAUGAACCAAAGCUGUCAGCAGCAGCAGAAGAAGAAACAAUCGUUAUAACUUUAUGUCCACAUUGCUUUUGAAUUAUGUUUAAGAGCUCAAUCUGGGCCAUUCUGUACUGUUGUGCAGUACGAUUUUGCACCACAAGAUGGUGCAGUGACUCAUCAUAACUUUUCCUAAACCUGACUAAUCAUUAGGAGGAACACAUGCUUAUUUGCUCUGGUGUUUUGGGAAAAAGGGAAGCCUCUUGUAUAAAUAGGAAAGGGUAAAGAGAAAUAUCAAGUUUAAAAAUGGAACAAGAACAUAAAUGUGCUGCCCCCUGCUGGUGAAAGUUAUAAUUAAAUUAUGCAGAUAACUACAAAAAGUACCUUUAAAUAAAAGUCAGUGGUUCUUUUUGUGAAAUUCAGACUAGAUUACACAUUGGUGACUCGGGCUUUUAUUUAUCUUACCUGCACACGAUAGCAGGCAUUUCGUUUAUAAUUGUUCAUAAUAGUCCUCUUUCCGCUGCAGGACGAAGCUUCAAUUUGGGAUUCGCUCUGAGCUACUGAAUUGUGCUUCUAAUAGAAACACAUCACUUCAUGUAAGCACUUAAAGUUAAAAGCCCUUUCAUUUGGGACUUUUAUCACUGGACCUGAGCUGCUAAUUGACUCUGUUGGAGAAAUAUGCCAGUCAAAGAGCACAUUUUAGACCCUCGCACACUGGAGUCUCAGAUCUCUUUAUGAAACUGGCCCCAGGUUAACAUUAGCUCUGAGUUUUUACUGAUGUCUGAUUUAAAAAAAAAUGUUGAGAAAAAAAGCCUGAAAGAGCUGUUUUGUCCCUGUUCACCCAUUCAGCCAAUGAAAACAAGGAAACUUUGAUAUUGUUUAUCAAAUCCCCAUAAGAGAUGUAUCAGUGUGUAUCAUUCAUACCAUGAAAAAAAAGGAAUAUGAUGAAAAUCUGUCUUGAAUACGUUUUAGGUUUUGACUGGCUUUUACCUCUUAUGCUAUGAGAAUGAAUCAAAAGGCAUGCCAGUGUUCGGGAAGCUGUACCGGUGAUUGAUGUGGUGGGUGUUCUUAAACUAGUGCCUAUAAUUUAAAGUUUGAACAUCAUUUUGUUUGUAUGUUUUCCUUUUUUUUUUUCUUGGUGCCAGUUUUUGGUUUUGCCAACAUUGUUUGCAAUUUUGCAUCUGUUUGCUUGAUUGAUUUGCUUGUUGCCUGUUUGUUUUUUUAAAUAGAAUUAACACAUUUAUAAUUGCUUUAAAAAAUGUUUUAAACGCGCCUUUGUAUUUAUAUCCAAUUACUCACUCGGUAAAUGAAACUAUUUAUUAAAGAGAGAGGUGCCUCUGUUAAAGCUCAGAUUCAGUGGGAAGCUGUAGGACGAAUGUUGCAAAAAGACAUACCACACCUUUUGUGUGACAGGUUUUGUUAUUGAAAUUUUUUUUAUAUCCACAAACAUGACAUUCGGUUUCCCUGUGUAAAGUCACAUUUCAAAUAAAAACUCAAAAAUAUUCUUAUA